CUUUAGUCCGUACUAUUUUUCUGCCCUUUUACACUCACUUUAGACUUUUCCUCUCGUCUCGCUCCUCUUAAACUCUUUUUCAGGAAAAUGGAAAGCCAAUGUUGGGUCUCCUUGGAUUUGUUUCUUAAGCUACCUUGAUAAAACUUUCCAUGUGAAUUAAGACCACUGGAUAUUCUUCUCAUAAUCCUUUCUUUGUCCUUUUUCUCUUUAGAAUUUUUUAUUGGUUUUAUGGGGAAAUUUCAAAAUUUGUUUGUUGAAGUGAGAAAAUGUUCAAAAGUAUGGACAGACUAAAGGGGAAGUAACAGUUUUUGUUGGACGACAAAGAUUGAAGAUUAUUAAUCUUCUUGGUGUUAGCUGAAAUGGGUGGAAGAAAAAAGAGAGCUUUGAUGAAUGUUUAUGAAGUUGUGGACUUUUUCAACAACAUCAUACUGGAGAAGCCUCAUCUUCCUUUGUUGGUCCCUUUCAUUUUGAUCUUAUGGGCUAUAGAAAAAUGGGUCUUCUCUUUUUCCAAAUGGGUUCCCCUUGUUCUUGCCGUUUGGGCAACUAUCCAGUAUGGUGAUUAUCAGCAGAGAAUGGUUGUUGAAGACUUGAAUAAAAAGUGGAAGCGAGUUAUACUAAGUACCUCGCCAAUAACACCAUUGGAGCACUGUGAGUGGCUAAACAAGCUUUUAAUGGAGAUUUGGUCCAACUACAUGAAUCCAAAUUUUUCAUUAAGGUUCCAAUCCAUUAUUGAGAAACGUUUGAAACAUCACAAAUCAAGACUUAUUGAAAAAAUAGAAUUGCUGGAGUUUUCACUAGGUUUGUUUCCCCCGUGCUUGGGUCUUCAUGGAACUCGCUGGUCAACUUCAGGCGAUCAGCGAGUUAUGCGCUUGGGUUUUGACUGGGACACAACUGACAUCAGCAUUAUGUUGCUUGCCAAGGUGGCCAAGCCAUUCUUUGGAACUGCAAAGAUUGUUAUAAAUAGCCUUCACAUCAAGGGUGAUCUUCUCUUGAUGCCAAUUCUGGAUGGUAAAGCAAUUUUGUACUCGUUUAUAUCUACUCCUGAAGUAAGGAUAACAGUUGCCUUUGGCAGUGGAGGAAGCCAAUCACUACCUGCAACGGACCUGCCUGGUGUUUCUUCUUGGUUGGUUAAACUUUUGACUGACACCUUAGCUAAGAUAAUGGUUGAACCUCGCCGUCAAUGUUUCUCUUUACCAGCUGUAGAUUUAAGGAAGAAGGCUAUUGGUGGUAUUAUUUAUGUGACAGUUAUUUCUGCAAGUAAACUUUCUAGGAGUAGCUUGAAAGGAAGCCCAUCAAGAAGGCAACCAAGUUUUGCUGUUGAUGGUUUACAAGAGCACUUUGAUGAUAAAGAUCUACAGACAUUUGUUGAAGUUGAGUUAGGAGAGUUAACCAGAAGAACAGAUGUGAGGCCCGGCUCCAGUCCUCAAUGGGAUUCAACAUUUAACAUGGUGUUACAUGAUAAUACAGGAACUGUUCGAUUCCAUCUCUAUGAGCGUACUCCUGGAAGUGUGAAGUAUGACUAUCUUGCAAGUUCUGAGAUUAAGAUGAAAUAUGUUACAGAUGAUUCCACAAUCUUUUGGGCAAUAGGACCAGCCUCUGGGGUAAUAGCCAGACAUUCUGAAUUUUGUGGCAAAGAAGUUGAAAUGGUUCUUCCAUUUGAAGGGGUCAACGCAGGGGAGCUGGCAGUGAGGCUUGUGGUAAAAGAAUGGCAAUUUUCUGAUGGUUCUCUUAGCUUCAACAACUUCCGAGUUAGCUCACAACCAUCGAUAAAUGGCUCCUUAAAUCUUCUUUCAAGAACUGGAAGGAAAAUUAAUGUAACUCUCUUGGAAGGGAAAGAUCUUAUUACAAAAGACAAAUGUGGAAAGUGUAACCCAUAUGUUAAAUUGCAGUAUGGAAAGGUUCUCCAGAAAACGAAGACAGCACAUUCUUUUAACCCAAUCUGGAAUCAGAAGUUUGAGUUUGAUGAAAUAGGAGGUGGUGAAUACAUGAAGAUAAAAUGCUACUCUGAUGAGGUUUUUGGAGUUGACAGCAUUGGUAGUGCACGAAUAAGUCUUGAGGGACUGAUAGAAGGUUCAGUGAGGGAUGUGUGGGCUCCUCUUGAGAAAGUGAAUUCAGGAGAACUAAGGAUCCAGAUAGAAGCAGUUAGUGUCAAUGACUAUGAAGGAUCAAGGGGCUCUUUAUAUCCUGGCAAUGGUUGGAUUGAACUUGUUCUAGUUGAAGCAAGAGAGCUAGUAGCCGCUGAUCUAAGGGGGACAAGUGAUCCUUAUGUGAGGGUGCAGUAUGGAAACUUGAAGAGACGAACAAAGGUUAUGUACAAAACAUUGAAUCCUCAGUGGCAUCAAACUUUGGAAUUCCCUGAUGAUGGUAGUCCUUUAGAGUUGCAUGUGAAAGAUCACAAUGCCUUGCUACCAACAUCAAGCAUAGGUGAUUGUGUUGUAGAAUAUCAGAGGCUGCCUCCAAAUGAGAUGUCUGACAAGUGGAUACCGCUUCAAGGGGUCAAAAGGGGAGAAAUUCAUGUUCAAAUUACAAGAAAAGUUCCAGAACUACAGAAAAGACCUAGUCUGGACUCUGAACCAUCCUUAACAAAAGCACAUCAAAUAUCAAGCCAGAUGAAACAAAUGAUGAUCAAACUUCAAUCUUUAACUGAGGAUGGCAACCUUGAAGGAAUGUCGACUCCAUUGAGUGAAUUUGAAACUUUUCAAGAUAUGCAAGAAGAAUACAUGGUACAGCUUGAGACUGAGCAGAUGCUUCUACUCAACAAGAUAAGGGAACUGGAUCAGGAAAUUUUGAACUCAUCACCUUCUCUAAGCAGAAGAUCUUCUGGAAGUUAAGGCAAAUCUUUACCUUCCAAGUUGACACGUUAAGAUUAUUUUUCUACCAGUAUAGUUUUGCUUACACAGAAAUCCUUAUAGAUAAAGAUGAUAGAACAUUACAGCUCCCUGCUGUGCAUAAUCUAUUUUUGGCAGCAAACGAAGAACUGGCAUGACCACUUCCUCUUUUUCGAAUUUCAACUUGGCAAUUUCCGUUGCUAAGCAAUGUAGAUCUAUCUUCCUGUUUAGCAAGCUUGUCACAUUAUGGACUGCUAACCAAUUCGAUGUCAUGGUUUGUGAUCUUUCACCUCUAGGACGAGCAUCAAGAAAGUUGAAUCUCAAUGGCAAGAAUAUUGGGUCCUGAUCUUUGUGAGUAGAUGUUAAUACUGUUUUUGCUACGCUUCUUUUAACAUCCCUAGCUUGUAGAUAUUAGAUUAUCGAGUGUGUACUUUUGCUAUCUAGUGAUUUUCGAGCUCUUUCCUCCUAAAACAAUGGUGGAUGCUCCUUUAUCCUUGAACAAUCUGAAACUCUUCAAGUUCAACUAAUCAUAGUCAAAAUUUAAUGAUUUGUUUCAUUUCUCAAUUAGGGGAAUAUAAUUUCUCCUAUCAUAAAAGCAAUUGGAUUUUAUUGUAAUUACUGUAUAUUUUGGUGUUAGUACAAUGAAACAUGAUCGGUUUUGCUGUAAAAUGAAAUAUCUUCGCAAGAGCCCUCAAAUCUGCCCUUAAUAAUCAACGUAAAAGCUACCAAUCUACAAAUAAAUUACCAAGGCUCUUACUGGAUAGCGCACAGGAGAUUAAGAUGAAAUGCAUUUGUAUAAAUCUCUGCAGCAAAUGCUUAAUUUGCAGCGGUAUUACAGCAGCAAAACAAAAUUUUCAUCAGUUGAGAUUUGUCUGUCAGAUCAGUUAUCAUCCAUCACAUGCUUCCUCACGCUACGUCAGGGGAAUAUAGCAUUAUAGCGUUUGGUUCCAUUGUCCGCCCGCUCUUUACC